AUGACGGAGGGCGAAGUGAUGCCUGCUUCCACAGGAGCCGCCCACAGAGGCCGGAGGAGGCGAGGAAAGCGAGAUGCAUUCCAAGGAUCGGCCAGCUGGAUGAGCAGUGUGAUAAAUUUAGUCAACACGAUCGUUGGCGCCGGCGUUCUCGCUAUGCCUCUCGCUAUCGCACACAUGGGAAUAACCCUCGGCGUCCUCGUCGUGAUAUGGUCAGGAGUCGCCGCUGGAUUCGGCCUUUAUCUCCAAGCUAGAUGCGCACAAUAUCUAGAUCGAGGAUCCGCAUCUUUUUUCGCUCUUUCACAACUCACAUAUCCCAACGCCUCUGUGAUUUUUGACGCCGCUAUUGCCAUAAAAUGCUUUGGAGUCGGCGUGAGUUAUUUGAUCAUCAUUGGGGAUCUCAUGCCCGGAGUCGUGCAGGGGUUCGUCGGGGAUGCACCCACGAGUGAUUUCUUAACAGAUCGUCAUUUUUGGAUAACCGCUUUUAUGCUUAUCGUUAUCCCCCUUUCCUUCCUUCGUCGACUCGAUUCCUUAAAAUAUACCAGCAUUGUCGCUUUGAUCUCCAUUGGAUAUCUUGUCAUUUUGGUCGUCUAUCACUUCACCAAGGGGGACACGAUGGCUGACCGGGGCCCAAUUCGUAUUAUUCAAUGGGCAGGAAUUGCGCCUGCCCUAAGCAGUUUCCCGGUCAUUGUGUUUGCAUAUACCUGCCAUCAGAAUAUGUUCUCAAUUUUGAACGAAAUCAGCGACAAUAGUCAUUUUCAAACAACGAGCGUCGUUUUCGCUAGCAUUGGUGGUGCCGCUUCGAUUUAUAUUCUCGUUGCAAUUACUGGAUAUCUUUCAUUUGGAAACAGCAUUGGUGGAAACAUUAUCGGCAUGUAUCCUGCAUCAGUAUCCGCUACAAUCGGCCGAGCCGCAAUCGUCGUUUUGGUCAUGUUCUCGUACCCGCUUCAAGUACACCCUUGCCGAGCUUCCCUAGACGCCGUGCUGAAAUGGCUACCAGCGAGAGCCAGCAGUGGCAACGAUGCUUCUCCCCAUAGAUUCCCUCUUUUGCCAAGGGCCAACCGUGGCGGACCUGAGCCUAUGAGCGACCUUCGCUUUGCAGCCAUUACUUCAACAAUCAUCGUUUUGAGUUUCAUUACGGCCAUGACUGUGACUUCACUAGAAGCUGUACUAGCCUACGUGGGCAGCACCGGAAGUACCAGCAUCAGUUUCAUUCUUCCAGGUCUUUUCUACUACAAGAUCUCCUCUCCGGAUUCACCAGCCCACCAACAACUCAUGAAAGAAGACGACGAGGCCAACGACGACGCCAUUUCUGAAGACGAGGUCUCCGGAGACGAUCAGCAGCAGGGCCUCUUGAGUGGAAGCGGCAUACUCUCGUCAAGCGGCAUUCUUCCCGGCAGCCGAUUAAAGAAGAACUUGCUACGACGGCUCAGUCUUGCACUUUCAAUAUAUGGAAUAGUCGUCAUGGUGGUCUGUCUUAGCAUGAACAUAUUCUUCCAUGCGUCCAAAUAA